CAAUCGGACUGGAGAGACUGCGACAAUCGGGGAUCCAAAAGAGAUCAAAUAAAGACAAAUAAAAAAAAAAAAAAACUUUUUGAUCUUGAGAUCUCUAUUUGACAAGCUCUUUUAUAACACAAUGGGAUUCGGAAGAAAGAAGCGUGGAGCCUACAAGAAUAAGCCCAAGACUGACGAAAAGGUCGAGGAAGAAAAGAAGCAAAAGUACUUUGAUGAACGUAAGCCUUAUGCUGAAAUCGAAAAGGACAAUCUCGAUUUCAAAAACUAUUACAUGAAACAAGGCAUUUUGUCUCCUGAAGAAUUCGAAGAGUUUUACAAAUUUAUCAAGACAAUUUUACCCAGUACUUUCCGUAUCACUGGCAGCAGAACAACUGCUAUGGAGAUCUUGGAAGUUGUCGAAAAAGUUUAUGUACCCAGUAUGCAAAACGUCGUGAUCGAUGGCCAUCGCAUUGAACCCCCUAAGCCUUUACCUUGGUAUCCCGAUAAUUUGGGUUGGAGAGUCAAUGCUCCUCGUCUUGUCAUCAAGAAGUCGCCCGAGUUCCAAAAGUUCCACAAGUUUAUGGUCACAGAGACCGAAGCCGGUAACAUCAGUCGACAAGAGGCAGUCAGUAUGGUACCUCCUCUUCUUAUGGAUAUUAAACCUGACCAAUGGGUCCUUGAUAUGUGUGCCGCUCCUGGUUCCAAGACUGCUCAAAUCAUUGAAGCCGUUGACUCUAGUAACAAGUUGAACGAGAUGCCUACUGGUCUUGUGGUAGCUAAUGAUGCCGAUUACAAGCGUAGUCAUAUGUUGGUUCAUCAAUCCAAGCGUUUACAAUCCCCUUGUUUCAUGGCCACUAACCACGACGGUGCUCAUUUCCCCAAUAUCCAUGUCCCCCGUGACGACACACCCGAGGGAUCCUUUGAGUUGUCAUGGCAAUUUGAUCGUGUUCUUUGUGACGUCCCCUGUAGUGGUGAUGGUACCAUCCGUAAGAACGAAAAGAUUUGGGACACAUGGACUCCCGCUGGAGGUCUUCAACUUCAUAACACCCAAGUUCAAAUCUUUGCCAGAGGUUGUCAAUUGGUCAAGGUCGGUGGUCGUAUCGUGUACUCCACUUGCUCCUUCAACCCUAUCGAGAACGAAGCUGUUGUGGCCGAAGUCUUGCGUCAAACCAAGGGUGCUAUUCGUCUCCUCGAUGUCUCAGCCGAACUCCCUGAAUUAAAGCGUAAACCAGGUCUUCACACCUGGAAAGUCACCAAUAAGGAAGGCGUCUUUUUGGAUUCACCCGAGAGUAUCCCCGAAGAACGUCAACGUCGUAAGUUCCCUGUCAGUGUAUUCCCUCCUACCGAGAAGGAAGUUGAGGAAAUGCAUCUUGAUCGUUGUAUUCGUAUCUACCCUCAUCAACAAGAUACCGGUGGUUUCUUUGUGGCCGUCUUUGAAAAGGUCGCACCUUUAACCGCUACAGAUCGUGUGAGUCUUGCUAGAAUGCAAGGUAAAGCCAUUGCCGAAUCUGAUAUGGAGGCUGCUAAAAAAGAGUUAGAGGAUGCUAAAAAGGAGGCCGAAAUCAUUGAAUCAGAGAUGACAAUAGAGGAAGAGACUGUCUCCCCUCCUGCCAAACGUGCUAGUGUGGAUAGUGGUACUGAAGUAGCACCCAAGAAGGCCAAGAAGGAGGAAGAGGAAGAGGAAAAGAAGGAGAAGGAAGGCGAGGAGAAGAAAUUAUUCGAAGGUAAACCUAAACGUGAUGUCCCCGGUAUCAAGGAAGCCCCCUUUGAAAUGAUGCCUUCCAACUCUGCGGAUUUAGAAGAAAUCACCGACUUUUACGGUCUCGAUCCCAAAUUCCCUCGUGAUCAAUUCUUGUUGCGUUCGGAAGGUACUGCCAAGGGUCGUAGUCUUUACUUUGUCUCUAGCUCUAUCAAGAAAGUCCUCGAAUCCAAAGAUUUCGCUCGUCUUCAGACCGUCAAUACGGGUGUACGUCUUUUCGUCAGACAAUCCACUGCUCUUCCCGAAAAGGGUUGUCCCUUCCGUUUGACUUCCGAAGGUUUACCCUUAUUAGAUACUGUCAUGACUGAUAAACGUCGUAUCUAUGUCAACCUGGAAGCUCUCAAGACUUUACUCGUAGAGGCCUUCCCUAUCAUGGAACAAUUCCCUCAAGACGUACAGGCUCAAGUGGAUGCUAUCGAGAUGGGUUGCUGUAUCGUACACCUCAAGGAAGAGGAUCAAAAGGCAUGUCAGAUGACCGUUCCCAUCGUGCUUCCCGUCUGGAAGGGUAAAAACUCGUUAAAUGUCUUGUUGAACAAGAAGGAUAAACGCUCCCUGUCUCAACGUAUCUUUGGUAUUAUCCCCGAAGCUACCCCUGAUCAUCUCGUCCAGAGAUCCACUGAAAACCAAGAAUUACGUCAAGAAGCAGAUAGAAAGGCUGCCUUGAUGGAAAUCGAACAGCAAAAAUAGGAUCACAUCAAAAACAAAAUAAUAGGAUGUAUUUUUUUUUUUUUUUUUUUAUAAAUAGCAG